CUUCCUCAGCACUUCCUCCUCAUCAGGAAGUUGGGCCUCCUCCUCCUCGUUCUCCCAUCCACAUCCACUCGAUUCUCUCACCCUGAGCAUCAUUCCCCGGCAACAAAGCUCUCACCUUGCCGUUGCCUUGCGUCUCUUCCUUGCCUCUCAAUCUCAUCUCAAGCUGUCAAGUUGCCACCUUUGACGUCGGUUCCAUCUCCGACUUUUCUCUCUCUCGAUCCCCCCAAGUCAUCAAGUUCACACCUUUGCGUUCCACCAUUACUCCGCACUAAAUUCCAUUCGGAAAGAAAGCUUCUUGGCCCCAGCUCUUCCUCUCGGAGAUUUGCUACGCGCUUCUCGCGCACUCUGCAGUCGAAGUUUGUAUCACUGAGUCGAAUGAUGGUUCGGUUUCUCAGGCGGGGGCACAGCCUUAACAAGCCGGAGCAAGGCGAGGAGAUGUUUCAUACGGCAGCAGAGGGUAGCACAGUCUUCUAUAGCCAGGGACGGGGAGAGGGCCGCUCACUCGAAAGGCAGCAGAUUGGCUGCGCACUCGAUCGGUCGUCCGACAGAGCUCCAAAGUCCCGCUUGGGCAGGGAAAGCGGCUGCCGUGACGGGCCACCUUCAGAUAUGGACCAAAUGAAGGAAAAGUUUGCAAAGCUGCUUUUAGGUGAAGACAUGUCGGGCGGUGGAACAGGCGUCACAUCAGCUCUUGCUCUGUCCAAUGCCAUCACCAAUCUUGCUGCUUCUGUAUUCAGCGAGCAACGGCGCCUCGAACCCAUGGCAGCCGAAAGGAAAACGAGGUGGAGGAAAGAAAUCGAUUGGCUUCUAUCUGUCACCGAUCAUAUCGUAGAAUUUGUUCCUUCUCGUCAAACCUCAAAGGAUGGAUCCAACAUGGAGAUCAUGGUAACUCAGCAACGCAGAGAUCUUCAAAUGAACAUCCCCGCACUGCGAAAGCUCGAUGCAAUGCUCAUCGGCUAUCUUGACAACUUCAAAGGCCACAGUGAGUUCUGGUACGUGUCGAAGGAUGCUGAUGAGUCCGAGAAGGGAAAUGCUAAGAGAAGUGAUGACAAAUGGUGGCUUCCGAUCGUGAAAGUUCCUCCAAAUGGGCUUUCUGAGGUUUCCAGAAAAUGGUUGCAAUUUCAGAAAGAGUCUGUCAACCAAGUUCUCAAGGCAGCUAUGGCCAUUAAUGCUCAGGUUUUAAUGGAAAUGGAAGUCCCCGAGGCCUACAUUGAAUCCCUACCAAAGAACGGGAGAGCAAGUCUCGGGGAUGCAAUCUACCGGUGCAUAACCGAUGAUGCCUUCGACCCUGACCAAUUCCUGGAAUCCAUGGAUCUGUCGACGGAGCACAAGGUCCUCGAUCUCAAAAACCGAAUCGAGGCAUCGAUCAUCAUUUGGAUGCGAAAGAUGCACAACAAGGAUACUAAAUCAUCCUGGGGCUCAGCGGUCAGCAUGGAGAAGAGGGAGCAGUUUGAAGAGAGAGCCGAGACCAUCUUACACCUCAUCAAGCAGAGAUUCCCUGGAAUUCCUCAAUCGGCUCUCGACACGAGCAAGAUCCAAUACACCAAAGAUGUCGGGCAGUCGAUCCUAGAAAGCUACUCGAGGAUCUUAGAGAGCUUGGCUUUCGCUGUGAUGUCGCAAAUCGAAGAUGUCCUUCGUGCUGACUCUCUCACACAAGACCCGUCCCAUGCGAAAUCGGGUAGAAGGCAAUCGUUGACCGACUCAGAAGUUGGACCGGUGAAGAAAUUGGAUCCGAAAGAAGAGAUGGAGAAGCUCAAGGAAGCACCUAAUUCGAUGACACUAUCGGAUUUCAUGGGAUGGCAUUUUGAUCCCGACUCCGAGGCAGAAAAGAAGAACUCAGAAAGCUUAGAGGACGGCGCCAAGAUAAAGAAACCUCCUAAUAUCGUCACGACCAAGAAAUUCUCGUAUAUUGAAAAGCUCGAGAACUUGCGAAGCCCAACAGCUCGCCAUUAAAAGACCUGUAGAGAGCAUAGGGAGAGGAAAGUGAAACUGAUAGGGAGGGGAGUCAGCUUGGAACCGAGAGUGUAAAUAGUUCAGGGGCAUGUUAGAUCCUUGAUAGCUUCUACCGUUAAGCUAAUCUUUCAUCCCUCUUUGUAGAUGGGGAGGUGCUACUCUCAUGGCUCAACCUCAGCUUGUGUCGAUCACCUGAUGUGCUCGUUAGGUAGUGAUAACAGUCUCUUUCCAAACUA